AUUUUUCAUUUGCCUUAGUUUCCCACAUCGCCGGGGCAAGCACUUAAACCCCCCCUUACGUCUCGAUGAGGGUGAUUUUAGGGCUCCAGGAAAUGGAGUCUAUAGGCUUCUGGAGAUUAGGCUAUGGAUAAGACUGCCUUUUUCUUGCAGUUGAUUAAGUUCCCCACAAACUGAGGAGACACCUGUCCUGCAUGGCUGUGAUGUCUAUAAGCCAACCACUCGUUUCUCUUUCCUUUCCUUUGUUCUUGGGCUCGAGGUAAACGGGGCUGGAGCUGAUUUACAGUGUCAGAUCGCCCCCUGGCUGCCUAGUGGAGAAGGGGCUGGGAGUUGGGACCCAUCCCCUCCAGCAUCUCACCCUCUCUGGCCCUCGCAGCCAGUCCCAGAAAGUGUGGCAGCUUGAGCCAGGCAGACCUCCGUCGGUCGUGUAGCCUCGCGUCUUUCAGCCUCAGUUUUUCCACGAAAAAACCCUUGCCGUGGGCCCCGCAUGCAAAUGGGCGCUUUGUGAGGAUGGGCUCCUAUGGUUCCCACUAAGCCCGAUGGGGCAGGAGCCAGAGCACCCCCACUUCAGUGGGGGAGACUGAGGAUGAGAGGACAGCACGUGCUGUGCUGGGCACAUGCGAUGCGGAGGCAGAACUGGAACCCAGGACCCCCAGUCCGGUCCUGGGCGCGGGUAGCCUAGGCUGGCCCCUGGCGGGGGUCCAGCCCCUCCCAACGCACUCGGGAAGCCACGGCCGGGCAGGGCGGAGCCGUGGGUGUCCCUGGCGCCCCAAGGUGCCAAUUAAAUGCUCGUGGCUGUCUGGGGCCAGAGCUGUGGACAGAGGCAUGGCCGAGCUGGGCCCAGAGCCGGGACGCGCCUGGCGGGUGCUAGCCCUGUGCGGGGCUGCGGUGUUCCUGGCGGCCGCGGCAGCCGGCGGGGCCCUGCUGGCCUGGAAUCUGGCCUCCUCGGCCUCCCGGGGACCUCGCUGCCCGGAGGCAGGUGCCAACGCCACGGCGCCCCCCAGGGACCUGGCGCCAGAGGUCGAGGAGCUGCGGCGCCAGCUGGCAGAGGCUACCCAACGCCAGGAGGCCCUGGCCAGACAGCUGAACCAGGCCAACCGUGUCCGUCGGGAGCUGGAGGAGGCACUAAGGGCCUGUGAGGGCCGCCAGAGCCGGCUUCAGACCCAACUGAUGACCCUGAAGACUGAGAUCGAGGAGGCGAAGGCACAGGGGACCCAGAUGGGGGCUGAGAACGGGGCGCUCACAGAAGCGCUGGCGCGCUGGGAGGCGGCGGCCACGGAGUCUGCGCGGCGGCUGGACGAGGCACAGCAGCGCGCACGCGCGGCCGAGGCCGAGGGCGAAGCUUGCGCGGCCCGGGAGGCGGCGCUGCGCGAACGCGCUAAAGCCCUGGAAGCCGAGAUGGGCCCCCAGCGCAGAGUGCCGCACCCCCGAUCCCGCUCCGGGUCCCGACCGCGACCCAGCCCCCGCUCACGUUCUCGCCCAAGAACUUCGGGGGGCUGCCGGCGGCCGGCGCGGCGCGCUCGAGGAUGGGGAAACUAAGGCCCAUUCGAUGACCCAAUGAGAUAGUGCUGAUUUGAGACUUCAGUCCCUUCUGAUGACAGUGUUGCUUCAUCCCACAGGCAUGAAGAGUUAGGGUCCAGGUCCAGCCCUGGCUCAGGAGUGACCUGGAAGGGUCACUUCUCCUCUCUGGGCCUCAGUUUACCUUGUCUGUGUAUCGAGUGAUUAGCAUCAUGUUUGGCGAGCCAGCCUAUCCUUGACAACACAGACCGACCAAGAUGGCACAAUGGGAAAACUACAGGCCCCUCUAGCUAUGAGGAGGGUACAGAAGUCCCAAAUGGAAUUUUAGCAAAAGAGAAUUAAGCACCACAUUUUUAAAAUACAUCACAACGAAGGGGCCUUAUACCUGAGAUGCAGGGAUGGCUCAGUAUUCAGAAGUCUGCUAAUAAGAUUUACCAUGGUGAUGGAUCAAACGAGAAAAGUUCUGAAAAGGCCUCAAAAUGAGGGCGAACGUGAGGAUGACCACUGUGGAGUAUUUAAUAUUGUUCUGGAGGUACUAGCCAACGCACUUAGAGAAGAAAAAGAAAGAAGGGGUAUGGAUAGUAGGAGAGUGGUAGGGAAAUUACAGUUUGGAUCGUGGGUAAGCCCUGUUUACAUAGGUCAAAAAUAAUAGAAAUACCAACAAUUCCAUAUGGCUCAAUUUCACAUUAAUUUCAUCUUUUACCUUAUAUUCGACAUACCUUCAGACUUACAGAAAAACUGGAGGAUUAGUACAAAGAAUUCCUGGAUAUUCUUUAUCCAGAUUCCACAAACAUUAGUUACCACCUUUGCUUUAUUCUUCUUCCUCUCUCUGAACCUCUUCUGAAAAACACACAGAAACGAUGUCUCAUUACCCAUAAAAGUUGAGUAUGCAUUUCCUAAAAACAAGGACAUUCUCCCACAUAAUCACAGUACAAUGAUGAACAUCAGGAAGUGGACAUUGAUAAAACACCAUUAUCUAAUCUACAGACUUUAAUCAGACUUUGCCAACUGUUCUCAUAAUGUCCUUUAUAACAAAAGAAUAUCCUGGCUCACACAUUGUAUUUGUCAGGUCUUCUAGUUCUUUUAAUCUGGAACAUUUCUCAGUAUGUCUUUGCCUUUUAUGACGUUGGCGUUUUUUAAAGGCCCAAGGCAGUCAUUUUCUGGUGUCCUAAUUUGGGUUUCUGUGAUGUUUCUGUAAGAUUAGUUUCAGGUUGGCAUUUUGGGCAGGAGAGCCUUGGAAGCAAUUUAACAUAAUUUUACCUGCUGGUAGUAUGGUUUUAUAUAGAGAAAACCCAAGAGAACUAACUGAAACUUUCUUAGAUCUAUUUCAUAUAGUUACUUAUCUCCAGGAAUAAACUAAUUUCCUUCUUAUGUAAA